ACAUUUCUAAAAAAAUAUAAUGUAGCAAGGCGUUUUAAUUUAACAUUUCUAAUUUAACAUUUCCAGUUUAAUUUUCAGUCUGAAGAGGAUAUGCAAGGCGUUUUGCAGAACGUCCCUUAUCAUUUUGAUGGCUGGAUGGUUUCUUUGGUUAAGUGGGAGCCUAUAAUUUCCGCUACUUAUCCGUCAGCAAUUAAUUUUUGGGUUAAAGUCUCUGAUUUACCAAUGCACUUGUGGGAAGAAGCAACACUAAAGGCUAUAGGAAAAAAAGUGAUGAAGUGGUGGUUUCUUUAGAUUACGAGAAGCUGGCUAAAUAUUGCCACCACUGUUCUAGAAUGACUCAUGAUGUAGCAGUCUGUCCAGAGCUGAAUAAGAAGGCGGGAAACAGAUUGUUUGAGGAGUAUGGGGAUAGAAGAGGUGGAUCAAGACAGCAACAAAUGGUAAAACAGAUGCCUCAAGGUAAUGAAGGAGGCUGGGAAAAGCCACAAAAACCUGCAGCAAAGAGAGCUUUGGAAUUCUCUGGUGAGGAACCUAGUGGUGGUUUCCAUUACCAAUUGGAGAGGGGUGAUAACAGUAGGCAGUCUCACAGGCGGUAUGACAAAAAUCAUGCAUCAGGUUGGAAGGAAAAAAAGAGUUUCCCUGGGACUUGGGCUGAGAACAGUGAAGUGGCUGGGAAAGAAGUGGCUAUGGAGGGCUUGAUGGAUUCUCAUUACUCUGUUCAGGGAACAGAAUUCACAAAGAAGGGUGCAGGGCCAGUGUGGCCUAAGCCACUGUAUCAACCAAAGGCAAUCUCUAAGGUAUCCCAGGCUUCUCACAAGGUUGACAAUGUUUCUAAGAUUCCAGAUUUAGGAGAGGAGAAGAAGGAUUCAGUGAUGGAAGAUGUAACAGAGGUUCAAGACAAGAGCCUUACAGUAGGGAUUAAUUUCUCGGAGAGUACGGAUGAUCUCCUUGAAGAUGGCGAGUACCAUGCUGAGGAGGACAUAGAGGUUCAAGUAAUGGCAGAGAAGACUACGGAAGAUGAAGGCAAUGAGACCCAUGAGGAGAACAUGAUUGCCUUACAAGGUAAUGUGCAAAUCUCUAAUGUGUUAUCUGAUGAUAUUGGCUUGGUUCGUAAAGGUCUGAAAGGUAUAACUCUUGAUAGUAAAAAGAUUCAGAAUUUUAAGGGAACUAGUAGCCAGGGAAUUCGGGGAAUAAAUGGUAAUAGGGAUUAUUCUAGGAUUGUGGCUUCUCCAGGGAAACGUUUAUUGGCUAAAGCAAUGUCUCUUAAAUCUGCAGAUGAUGGUAUCAAACAAAAAGUUGCUGAUAAGAAUAAGGUUAAGGAAGUGACAAAAGCUGGAAGAGCAAAUCGUAAUUUGAAGAAAGGGAUGGUGGAUCUCCCGAAACCACCGGCUCAUACGUGAAGAUCUUGAGCUGGAACUGUCAGGGAAUAGGGGCUGAACUGACAGAGAACUUCUUAAAGGAUUUAUGGAGAGAGCACAAGCCGGAUAUCUUAUUUUUAUCGG